AUGGCUAAUAUCGUUUUGGUAAUACGAAUUUCUGCAGAUAACUCCUUACAAUUCAAUAAUUUAAUCUCAAUUCUGACAGUUCGAAGAAUUUUUGGAAACAUCGAUGAUAAAUCUUAUGCAUACUUCCCAUUCGAAUUUGAUGAUAAUCAAGUCAAGCUGAUUUCUAACAAUAAAGUACUUCCAAAUUCCUGGGCAAAUUUAAACGGUUAUACCCUUCGAACAGUAUCACGGCAGAAUUUUCCAAAAACUUUUGUGUACUUAGAUGAAAAGGGCAAUACACGAAUUACUGGAACUUUUGGUGAACAGUUCGAGCAGUUCAUCCGAAGGCACAAUGCCACCUUCACCGUAACAGACCUUGAUGAAAAUGCAACGUUAGCCCUCGAACUAACAAGGAACAAUGAAAUCGACAUAAAUAUGUUAAUAGUUCAAAACAUGGAAAAUGUAUCGUUCAGUCCAUCUUUGAGUUUGCUGAAAUAUUCCAUUGUGAUGGUUCGAAAUGAUUUUGUUAAUCCAGCUGAAUAUUUUGUGAGACCCUUUUCUAGCGGCGUAUGGAUUUGUAUUAUAGGAACAGUAGCCUACGUAACCUUAGUCGAUAUAAUCUUGAGAACUUUCACAAAUUCAAAAACAGAUAUUUGGACUAGUUUUAGUCAAGUAUUUCUCAUCUUACUUGACCAAGGUCCUGAACAACCAACUACUUAUGCCUAUCGGCUUUAUGCUCAAGUCUCAGUGUUUGCUUUUAUUAUUGGCAACAUUUACACUAUCUACUUAUCAUCGUUUUUGACAGUCUUCAUUCCGGUAAAACAAUAUGACACAAUCCAAGAAUUAGUGGACAACAAUAUUCCAGUACUGAUUGUUGAUUAUCAAUUUGAAGCUUUAAAAGAGUUUAAUACUGUUUAUCCAAAAGUCUUGGACAAUAUUAUUAUGCCAGUUAGUUCGACAUUGUAUAAUAAUUUAGUUCGUCCGAAAUACAAUCCCAAGUAUGCAUUGGCACUAUAUAAAGAUUCAAUAACUGUCCUUGAAAAAGUUCAAGCUCUGGGACAAAGACCAAUGUUUCAUGUUUGCAAAGAAGAUAUUGUAAAAUAUUAUGUUGGAUUUUUAAUGCCAGAAUAUUCACCAUUUAAAGAGUAUUUGGAUCAAAUGAUUGUUGAAAUAGCUGAAACUGGUUUGCUGGAAAAAUGGGAAUCAGAUUUUCCUGCAUUUCUUAUCAAUAGUGGAGAUUUUGGAAGGUGGGACAAAUUUGAUGAUGACUAUGAUGGGGAUGUGCAUAAGCCAUUGAAAUUGCAGCAUUUGUCAACAAAGUUAAAGACAUUACCCAAUAAUGUAACCAAGACAAGCGUUGACAUUCAACUUAAUCAAACAAAUCCAGAUUUAAUGAAAUGCGAAUAUUAA